AAUGGACAGUGAAUAACAUUAAUACAUCAAACUUAAAUUUGUAAUACUAGAAAAAGAUUGGCCUUAUCCAAAUUUUGAAAUUGUUGUAGCUUACAAUGAUCCACUCAUGUUCAUCAAUAAAGAAUUGUAAGAUAGACAUGGAGGUAUUACAGAUAUUAGAUUAUAUUUGGAUGCUGAAAAGCAAAAUCAGUAAUAUUAUUAAACCACAAUUAGAUUACAAUAUAUAUUUAAUAAAAAAAUAGGAGAUGCUCUAUCAAUCAAAGGAUCAAAUUCUCAAGACACAGCUCCUAUUGUUACUAUCUAUUAUGAUUUUAAAAAUGCCAUCAAAUCCCCAGUACAAUUAUUUUGA